GAGGAGGCCAGUGAGACGAGAGAGGCCACCAGCUCCGGCGGCUUCGCGGAAGCCGCCGCGGCGGUGCACUUGGAGCUGCAGCUCCGCAGCAAGGAGCGGCUGCGGCGGCUGAUCCGAACUGGCCAGGUGGACAAAGCCAAAAAGGAGAUGCUCUCUUCCUUGCCUCCGUUAUCGGACGCUAGGCCCGGAGACGAGGAGGUGGCCAACUUUUGCACCAAGGAGCAGGCGCUAGAGCGAAGGCAGCAAGGCGACGCCGAAGAGGCGCUGCGGAUGAUGGGCCGACAGCGCACCGAGCUGUCCAAGGUGCGAAGAACCCUGGAACACGCCCUUGACAGGCGGAGAGAUUCCUUACGGCGCGCAGAACGACUUCAGCAAGUGAAGCAGCUGAUCGGUGAUGAUCGGCUGCUGAACAGGUCCAAGGAUGCGCUUUUGACUUAGAGUGCGCGGUCUCAGACAAAAGGUGGCAGGCGACUUAUCUUUUUUGGUGGAGACUAAAAGAGAUCGAGACU